CGGCGCACAUAAACAAACGCGCGUUACAAGAGCACACUUUGCAAAGCACCCAUCAGCACUGACACACUCAGCAGCACGGGGACGGACGCAGACUCGCUCCUUAGAGCCACUCGGGAGUUUGAUGAUUUCAUUUUUAUUUCAUUUUCUACUUUUUAUACUUUAGAAAAAGUAAGUGGAAGGAACGGAACUUUUUUUUCCUUUUCUUUUUCUAAUGCCAACGAAUCCAGCGCCUCUCCGACAUCACUAAGAGUGCUUUUAUUAUUAUUUUUCUUUCCUGUCAUUAUUUUAACUCUUUGUGGUUGUUCUGGAUGGAAAACGGAUACUUCACGCGAAGUUAUUAGCCUACUACAUGUAAAGACGGAACCGCUACAGCAAACAAGCACAGGUUCGGAAGAGCGCGCCCAGCCGAGCUCGGAGCCCCGGCGGUCGGACACUUCCUUAGCGACGCCCGCCGAGCCCUCCCCGCUCCAGGAGCCCUGCCCCGGCCGCAGCCACGCCACCCCUAAAUCCCGGACACCCAGCACCAUUCAGCGCGAGGCUCUUUCACCAGAUAUGCCCUGUGUGCAGGCUCAGUACGGGCCGGCCCCUCCAGGCUCAGCCUACUCUGGCCAGUCCUUCAGCUACCAGAGUGAAAGCUACAGCUCUGACCUCAUGACCCCCGACUACACCAAGCUGGACCUGGGUGGGGGUGAGAUCUCUGCAGCUGCCACCACCUCUCUCCCAAGCUUCAAUGUCUUUGUGGACGGGAGCUACGAGCCUAAGUCCUCGUGCCUCUACCAGAUGCCCACACACAGGCCCACCAUCAAAAAGGAGGAGGAGAGCUACCCAACUGCCCCACCCCUGGAGGCCAUGUCCUCCUCCACCAUGUACUUUAAACAGUCUCCCCCUUCCACUCCGACCACCCCAUCUCUGCCACCCCAGCCGGGCACCUCCUUCCUGUGGGGGGAGGAGCACCCCCUGGCUCCUUCUCACCCUCACUCUCUACCUUCCAGCCUGGAGACCGGCCCCCUCAAGUCCCCCCGUUUUCCGCACUUCUACCAGCAUUCGCCGCCCCACAGUGGAGGCAGCGUCGGCGGUUAUGACAGCCUGGGAGGAGGGCUGGUUCGCACCUCUUCUUCCUCCUCUUCCUCCUCAUCAUCAGUUUCCCAUCCUCACGUCCCACCCCUGGAGCAGCCCAUGUACCAGCUGCACCGCGGAGCAGGGAGCAGCAGCCUCGCCUUUCGCUCCCUGGCACUUGGACCUUGUGGCCCUCUACUAGCAGACAGCUUGCCCUCUCCACCCCCGCGUGGCCCACAGGGAGAGGGAACCUGUGCGGUGUGUGGAGACAACGCGGCUUGCCAGCACUACGGCGUACGCACAUGUGAGGGCUGCAAAGGCUUCUUCAAGCGCACCGUGCAGAAAAACGCCAAGUAUGUCUGUCUGGCCAGUAAGAACUGUCCUGUGGACAAGAGGAGACGCAACCGCUGCCAGUACUGCCGCUUUCAGAAGUGUCUGAGUGUGGGGAUGGUGAAGGAAGUGGUGCGUACUGACAGCUUGAAGGGGCGCAGAGGUCGUCUGCCUUCCAAACCAAAGAGCCCCCUGCAGACGGAGGCAUCUCCUCCUUCUCCACCCCUCAGCCUCCUCUCUGCUCUGCUCAGGGCUUAUUCUCACUGCACACCUCGUGACCUUGACUACAGCCAGUUCAGCGCUGCCGACCCUCCAUCCUCCUCCUCGGACGUAGAACACAUCCACCUCUUCUACAGGCUACUCACCAUCUCGAUGGAGACCACAAGGUGCUGGGCGGAGAGGCUGCCCGGCUUCUCCGAGCUUCAGCGUGACGAUCAGAACCUGCUCAUAGACUCCGCCUUCCUGGAGCUGUUUGUGCUGCGAUUGGCUCACAGGUCGAUGCUGUCGGAGGAUAAACUAGUGUUCUGCAACGGCUUGGUGCUGCACAGGUUCCAGUGCCUUCGUGGGUUCGGAGAGUGGCUGGACUCCAUCCAGGAAUUCUCCGCUCACCUCCAGAACCUAAAUCUGGAUACCUCUGCCUUCGCCUGCCUGGCCGCCCUUGUGCUGCUCACAGAGCAAGUCCCCGGUCUGAAGGACUCAAAGCGGGUCGAGGAGUUGCAGAAUAAAGUGAUCUGCUGUCUCAGAGACCACCUGGGCUGCAGCCCUUCAUCCUCCUCGUCCAAAGCCGCGCCUUCUCUGAGUCGUAUUUUGGGUAUAAGGGAAGAGCUUCGUUCCCAGAGGACCCAAGGCCUUCAGCGAAUCUUCUACCUGAAGCUGGAGGAUCUGGUAGCGCCUCCGCCACUGAUUGACAGGUUCCUGGACACUCUGCCCUACUGACGACUCGGGCUAACCACGCAGCAAAAUGAACCCACAUCACGUCCUGUCAAGGCCUUUCCCCAAAGGAGCAUACAAACACACCCAGAAGAGAGAGAAGACGCACUCUCUCUCACUCUCUCUCUCGACUGAUGCAGCGCACGGAGAGCCAAUCAAAUAUUUUUGACUCGACGGGGACAACCAAACGAGAGCGCCUUUCACUCAAACGGACUACCAGCUAAAUGCUUUUCACCUGUAUAAAAGACAAUUACUCAAACGCUUUACCACUUUUUAUUUGGUCCUCCUGUUUCGCCCCACGCUGGGAGGCGCGGGGGGGGAGGAUGAUGAGGCUGAGAUGGACAGGAGAAAAGUGACUUUUUUUUCUUUUCUUUUUUUGACUGUCCUCGCUCCAUCUGGGUUGCAGCUUAUUCAGAAAAAACAAAAAACAAAAAAAACAACAAAGAAAGAACCGACGUUUAUGAGUACUGUUUAUCUGUGUUUCGGCCUGGCUCGUUCUGUCUGAGGACUUCCAUUUAGAAAGGAGGGCUGGGAGAGGUGGCGGUGUAAAAGAGAGAGUGCGGGGAGGGGGAGGUGAUCGUUCCGAAAUGUGCCGACAUGUCAGAGGUGGAGCGGCGUAGGCGUAGGUGGGCCGAAAUGUUACGACGCAGGACGCAGGUGUUUCAUAAACACAUGGAAGUGGCUGUUGAGGCGGGCUCUUAAUUACAAGUGCAAUUCCUUAAGUGCUAUCGCGCCACAAAAGGAAGGGAUGGAGGAGGAGGAGGGGCAAUCUAAUUUCAAACUCUAAAUUAUUUUAAUACAAAAACUUGUCCUGUACUGUCAGUAGCUAAAAAGAAAGACAGUCUCCCAUCUUGCUUUAGGCAGCAGAGGAGAUACUGUGCACUAACGAUCGAUGACUGAGUCACCCAGACUUGAACUUUCUCUACUAUGUGGUUUUUUUUUGUUUGUUUGUUUUAUUAACUCAGUUUGAAAUCAUAGGUUGAGUAGAAGUGUGGAGGAAUGAACAUGGACAGAAAUUGGCUUUGGAAGCACUUACACCCUGAGAAGGGCUAGAAGCACAGACACACACCCUACCUGCUCGCCUGGGGGACAGGGAGAGGAGGGUGCUCGACAGAUAGCUGUACGUCCAGGGGUGAAACAUUCCACGUUCAUGCUCUUUUUCUUUAUCGUUUUAUAUAUUGCGGCGGCUGUGUGAGUGUGGAGGACAUGAUCGCCUACCGUCUUUGUGUGUGCGCUUAGACAAGCCAGGAUCGUAUGCAUGGUGUGUUAUAAGCUGUCGAGAGCUGGCAUAGCCUGUCAAAACAGCUCGACCUGUGUUUGUGUCUCAGACUGCAGCUCUAUGGGAAUCUCCCCAGGGCCUCCACCACCCACUCACACCCUCACGAUGACGCCGGUUUUAAAAUAAAAUAAAAAAACAAAUUCUAUAGAUAUAAAUAUAUAUAAAUAUAUAUAUAUAUAUAUAUACAAAACUAAUAUUUUGAAGUGUUUUUAGCUUUUUCAAAUAUUGUGGUACGAGUUGUGCAUUGUUUUUUGAAGAGAAACAAAAAAAGAGAAAAAAAGUUGCUGUUUUUUCAAUGUCCUUCUUUGGUUAGAGUUUCCUGUUCGAUAUGUUGUUGUUGUUUUUUUCUUUCUCUUUGGUUCACUGGAUUUUCUGU